AUGGCCAAGUAUAAGAAUAGCUCCUUUUCAGGUACUGGAUUUGACAGAAUUAGAGCUAUUGUCAGGUUUUUUUUCAAACCAUGGCUCCAUGUUAUAGGUUUGUUUCCACUUUGUUGUGACGAUAGCCUUAAACGCCAUGCACCGCAUGAGAAGGUAAAUUCUGAUACAGAGACCUUUGUUUUGCCGGGUCUCCCCGACGACAACAUCAAAUUUUCGAAGCGUCAGCUCCCAUUCUGGUAUUCAGCCAAAGCUGAUUUGGAACAUCUUCAGGACAACAUGCAAGAGGCCGAGUCAAAGACCUAUGGGGUUUUAGUCAACAGCUUUUACGACUUGGAGCCAGCUUAUGCCAAGUAUUUCAAGAAUGAAGUGGGCAAAAAGCUAUGGCUCGCAGGACCUGUGUGUCUCUUUAACAAAGGAAAUGAACAAAAGACCGAGAGGGGCGAAAAGAAUUCCAUUGAUGGAGGUACAGUUUUGAACUGGCUCAACUCUAAAGAACCCAAGUCAGUACUUUAUGUUAGUUUCGGGAGCCAAGUUCGUAUGGCUCCCGAACAAUUCCUCGAGAUUGCUCACGGUCUCGAGAUUUCUGGCUGCCCGUUCAUUUGGGUGGGCAGAGAUAUGUUAGAAUAUGGGGAUGAUGAAAAAAAUAACGAAGGGAGAGAGGGUCGCGGAGUUAAGAAGCUUCCGGAUGGAUUUGAGGAGAGGAUGAUGAAGUCCGGGAAAGGUUUGAUUGUAAGGAGUUGGGCUCCACAAUUGCUAAUCUUAGAACAUCAAGCCAUUGGAGGGUUUUUGACUCAUUGUGGAUGGAACUCGGCCAUCGAGGGGAUAGGAGCAGGUGUUCCAAUGAUCACAUGGCCAAUCACAGCAGAGCAUUUCUUCAUUGAAAGCCUUGUCACAGAUGUGUUGAAAACUGGGAUUCGAGUGAAGGGAUGGUAUAAGAACCAACUUCUGGAAGACUAUUGGUGCAGCAAUCACUACUUCAAAGUUGAAUUUCCUAUUCUUUAUAGAUUGGUGCUAGAUAAGGAGAAAUCCCUGAGAUCAUUGUAUGACAGAAGUGUUGCUUCAGGGAAUUGGAACUUUCAAUUUAGAAGAAGGCUGUAUGAGUGGGAAGAGAGGGAAGUUAGCAGACUCAAAGUGCUUCUGCCAUUUGUUUCUGGUUUAUGUGAUGAUCUGGAAGACAAACUAGUCUGGUUGGCAGCAGAUUCUGGUCUGUUUUCUGUCUCCUCUGCCUAUAGAAGUGAAGUUGUCUCCCUUGGUCUGCCCCUUAAUACUUGUUCCACUAACAAAACCAUGUAA